GAGCCAGAGGGGGCGCCCCUGGGGGGUUGCGGGCAGGAGCCGGGGCUGCCCGGGGCCCCGAUCCCCGGCGCCCUUUGCCCCCAAGGGCGAUCAAGGCGCGGCCGCACCUGGCGACGCGGGGGCGGAGCUGGGCGGGCGGGGGCAAUGGAGUGCGCCUCUGAGGGUGAAGCCAAAGCGCUGUGUUAGCAGCGCCGUCAGUGUGGGCGGAGGGCCUGGGCUUGUCGGGAGAACAAGACGCCUCUCUCAGCCGAACUGAUGUGCCAAGGGAAGCAGAGCCAUGUGUUUGGCACCCGCAGGAGUUGCUGGCAGGAGGCACCGUCUUGGGGACGCCCCUCAGGAUUUGUGUAAGUGUAUAGUUUACAUAGGAUUGUGGUCCCCUCUCCGCCACCUCUGUUGACCUGCCAACAGCAUGACUGUCCCCAGCACAGAAGAAAUGAAGAGCUUCUGGAAGAGUUUCCAGGAGAAGAACCAAACCUGUUUCAUCUUGGGUGCUUCUGGUGAAACUGGGAAGGAACUCCUAGCUGAGCUCUUGAGGCGACAGCUUUUCUCCAAGAUUACCCUCAUUGGCCGCCGGAAGUUGGAAGGAUCACUUUACAGCAAUGUGUCACAAGAAGUUGUUGACUUUGAGAAACUGGAUGAAUCGGCGGCUGCCUUCCAAGGCCAUGAUGUUGGGUUUUGCUGCCUGGGGACAACAAAGGCCAAAGCCGGAGUGAAUGGAUUUGUGCGGGUCGACCGUGACUACGUUGAGCACUCUGCGACACUCGCCAAAGCUGGUGGCUGUCACCACUUCGUUCUGCAGUCGGGCAAAGGGGCCAAUAGCUCGAGCCGCUUCUUCUACCUCCGGGUUAAGGGUGAAGCAGAGGACAGAGUCCAAGCAGUUGGCUUUGACCGUUGCUCCAUUUUUAGACCGGCAGUGCUGCUGUGUGAUCGCCAGGAGUCUCGGCCGGCAGAGUGGAUGGCCCAGAAAUUCCUAGGAGUGGUAGCCCUUGUCUUCCCCACAGCCCUUUCUGUCCCAACAGUGACUGUGGCGCAGGCAAUGCUGAAUCAUGUGGUGAUGCCAGGAAAGGAGGGCCAGAAGGUUUAUGUGCUGGAAAAUGCAGAUAUACAUGCCCUUGGGCAGGCAAAAUAAGGGGCGAGGGUAUUGUUUCCUAGAUGACCUAGUGGCAGAGGGUGUCAUCAUUCCCCAAACCCAGUCUUUCCUGUUCUUCUUUUCCGCCAGAAGGUGCCCCUCAAGCAGUAGAGCCUUGCCUGUUAACUUGAAACCAUUCCUCUGUGUCUCCAUGGUAAUGGGACAAACCGCCACACCUCCCAUGGCAGCCAUUUUGAGUAGCACUGCUGGUUACCAGAAGGACAAAUAUUUGAUUUUCACUGCUGUGCAAUGCUCACUAAAGAUUGUAAAGCACAUCUAUGGAGGGAGGGUGCUGCUUAUGGGGUCACUCUCCUCUGUGCCUUGAUCUAUGGGAGAUCUGUUCUUGGUACAAGUCUUCUUUUCCUGUCCUGCAUUAAAAUAAGAUCCCCUCAA